ACAUUUUGAGGUAUCAUGCUUGUAUCGAGCGGCGGUCACACUUUUCGCUCUUUUCGAUUUUUCGUUUCCGGCGUAAUACUGCUGGCGAAUCUUUCCCGUGUCUAACACACCAACAACAACAGCAAAAUGGCCAAGCGCACCAAGAAGGUUGGAAUCGUUGGUAAAUAUGGUACCCGUUAUGGUGCCUCCCUGCGUAAGAUGGUCAAGAAGAUGGAAAUCACCCAGCACAGCAAGUACACUUGCUCCUUCUGCGGCAAGGACUCCAUGAAGCGCGCCGUUGUGGGCAUCUGGUCCUGCAAGCGCUGCAAAAGGACCGUCGCCGGUGGCGCCUGGGUGUACUCCACCACCGCCGCCGCCUCCGUGCGAUCCGCCGUCCGUCGUCUGCGUGAAACCAAGGAACAGUAAACAUAAACGGAUCAUUAAUGAUGGAACCAUCUAAUUGAAUGCUCCGCUAUGCUAGCUCCCGUAGUUUUAAUCUGACAACGCGAUUUUCCUGUGGUUUGCGCCGUGCCGGUCAUGUGAAAAUAAAAAAAAAUGUUUUUUACUUUUAACAGUAUGCGCAAGUGAUGCUUAUUUAAGUGGAAAACUAAGUUGGAAAGUUGUGCGAAAACGAAUCCAAAAUUCCCCCUUUGGCUAGUUAUAUGGAAAUGAUACUUCUGUGCACUCGUGAUUUAUGUUCUGUGUGCAAAGCUGAGAAGUUCGAUU